CAUACUUCUCGAGAUUUCAGAAUGUAGCAUUUGAUAGAAUUGAUUGAUAACUUAAUCACUUUUUGUAAGUAAUGCAUCAUGAAAGACGGAUUUCAGCGCACAGAAAUACGAUUUAUAGAAGCCCCGUAUCCACCCCGGAGAGUGGAAAACCCAAACCUUGCCGUAAGCUAGGUAACCAAUCAGCUUCCGACAUCCCGCAAUUCAGAAAAGUUCACCACCAUAAUCACAAAAGGGUUUUUUCGCUGUUGUCUUCAUUUGUGUAUAAAUAGUUGAUAAUCAAUGGGUUAGAUCACCCUCAGAGCGUAAGGAAGAUUCGAAGAAAAGUUUUAGCGAGACGAAAGUGAAAAGGAUUGCUAUGAGCGACAACGAGAAUGGGUUGUCCGUUUCAAUUUCAUCGGCGAGUUCGAGGCGAACUUCGACAGAAAGUUUAGAGGAAAGCAUUCGAAAGAUUCUAAGUACAAGAGACGGUCGGGUCAGUGGCUAUCUUGAAAGUCCUGAUAUCUCGUUAACAUGUAAGCAACUUGGUUUGGAGGACAACAGCGUAAGGGACAUCAUCUCUCAAUUGGGAUCUGAGAGGAGUGAUGGACUAGUUUCUCUGGAAAAUCUACGGCAGCACGUUGCAAAAGGACAUGAAAAGUCAAAAGUGACAGCAAAUAACACCAUCGACGAAAUGAGUGCAAAGAAAUUGAACGACAAGACAAGCGGUAAAGAAAGCUGGGAAAUAGAUAGCGGUGCUCAUGAUUUGAACGGCGAUCCCACUCUACAGCAAAUCAUGUCUGUGGCGAAUUCAAAGGGACAGUCCCGUUCAAGUAACUUCUUGGAACUAGCAAAUACGCUUCAUUUGGCAGCAUUGGCUUCUCUGAAAACAGAAAUUGUUGAGCUAACAGGGAAAGUUCAACAGUUGACUGAGGAACGAGAUCAACUGCAAGCUUCCCUUGCACAUGCCACCCAGGAACGUAAAGAUUUGAUUCAUGAUUAUGAGGACAGACUUACUUCUCAAGCCCACCAGAGUGAACAGCACAUCACAGAACUACAGAGUGUGAUCGCAGAACUCAACAAGAAAUUGUCUCAGUCUGCUGUGGAUAAGUUUGAUGAAUCUGAAGAGCAUGAAAUAGAGUCACAGACAUCUGAACGAGGUUCUCAGAGUGAUUCUGACAGUCUGGCUUCAGAGGAGGGUGUAAAUGAUGACAACACAGAUGAUGAACUGUCUAAAGUAGUUGGUGGGUUGGAGUUUGCUAUUGAUAGACAAGAUAAAGACUCCAAAGUAGAGGACAAGAAACCAACUGCAGAAGAAGGCAUUACACCCAAGGACGAGAAAGCCACAGAAGAUACUGAGAAGAAACCUCUGCAUCAAUUACAAUCUCUUGCAAAACCUGAAGACAAGACAUUUAAAGAACAUGAAGAACUGCAGUCUAAAUGCAGAGAGCUCAGAGUUCAGUGUCUAGAACUAGAAAAGAAGAAACAGUUAUUGGAACGUCAGCUACAGCAGACAAGUUUAAAAGAGUGGGUAUCACGAAAAAAGUCUUCUGGAAGCACAGAAGAGCUACAAUCGGUAACAUCUGAAAGAGAUGGCCUGAGGGCAAAACUCAGAAAAAGUGAGGUGGAUUUGGAACAAAUCAGAUCUGAAAAUCAGGGUUUCAGAGAGGAGCGAGACCGACUUAGGAGAAGAGUUCUUGAAAUGCAAGAUCAAUUGAAGCUUCUUCACCAGAAAUCACUUCAGUACGAACAACAAGUAAGGACAAGAGCGAACAGCAUGCAGGGAUCUAGUAGCCAGCCCAGGUCCCCAAGUACACCGCGACGAAACACUCAACCAUCAUCCAGCCAGUCGGGAGUCCGAACGCACACUAGGCAGGCUAGUGUCGGUGCAGCCUCUGAUAUAUCGUCCAAAGAAGGCUUUUUGACAUCUCCUCGUAUUUCACGGCGCUCAAGCACCGAUAAUCUAAGCACUCACAGCCACGGUCGAAGCUCUCAGUCCAUUCCAAAUGGACAAGUCCGGAGACCAAGUAUUUCGGGAGCAGUGUGGGCGUCUGCUGAUGGCAGCUCGCCGAUGCCGUUACGCCAUCCAUCAGGUAGUGUCCAGUCGAUCUCAAGUCAGGCGUUUUGGAGGCCUGGGGCCACUAGUGAUCUGGGAUCGUCUAUGCAUGGUUCAACUCAGGAGAUCACUGUUGUAGCUAAAAUGGUGGAUGAUGGUACAUAUGGUGGUGGAAUCACUGGGAUGAAUUGUAUUAAAGCUCUCAGUCAAUUACCAGAAUUUGUUUCUGAUAAGAUGCCUUCGGAUCUUGUCAAAGCUCUGGAGAGUUGUAGGACGGCCCAAGAUGUGUUCAAAGCUUUGUUCACUUAUUGCGACGCACAGGCAGACAAAAGACUUAAGGAGUACGAACUAGAACUUGAAAUGCUGACAAGUCGGUUUGAUCACUUACAAGCUCAAAACAAUGUUGUUUCGUUGUCUUUAGAAGAAAGUAGAAACAAUGCGGAUAGGAUGUGCGUUUUAAUGGGAAAAUACGAGUCAAAUUGUACAGCGCUUCAGUUGGCAUUGAACUUUUCUGACCGAGUCAUUGAGGCAUAUGAAGUUUUGUUGCAGCUCUCCGAAGCAGAGCAGGCGAGACUUUUUGCCAACUGUCGAGCGGCUGGGGUUAAAACUGGUCUCCAUAGCUACGCCAGCUCUCCGACGGAUUCAACUUACAGACUUAUUUACGAGGAAGCGGAAGCCGAUGACAACGAUCGGGUUCCCGAAGAUGUUGAAUCGUGUGUGAAUCGGAGAAGAACGGCCGAGAACGAAGCCCGCAUGCUGUUGCAAAAGCUUGAUCGAAACUUCGAAAGCCAAAAUAACGCUGGUCAACCUUGGGAUUCAGUAUCAUCAAAUAGUAGAACUAGUUCGACAGGCUCGUCCAAUGACAUGGAGUUUACUCCGGAAGAAGAAGCAAGAUUAAAAAGUUACAUUCAACAAUUAAAGUCCGAAAGGUCAACGGUAAGCUUGACAGUAAUUGAAUUGGAAAGCUUGCACGAAGUCGCGCAACCCAAGGAUUUGAAACUAGAGCCGCUUGAUCCUAAAGUAGAUCUGGAAAAUGCCGUGCUUAUGCAGGAACUAAUGGCACUGAAGGAAGAAAAAGCUGAAUUAAAAGCGAAGAACUAUUUAAUUGAAAAGGAGAAGAAAGCUUUAGAAUUGAAGAUCACAUCACGUGACGCCCAAGAACAGGCGUACUUGGUUCACAUUGAACAUUUGAAAACUGAGAUGCAGGAUGAAAUCAGGAGACGAAGAAGGAUUCAGAAGGACGCUGGCGUCGCUAGUAGCAAGUCGGACGAGAAGUCAGGUGGAAGUCCCUCCGGCACUCCGUCCAUCACCCUCGCUGAAUUAAAAACUUCAGAUGAAGACAUUCCACCGGACCUGUAUGAAGCUGCUAGGAGAGAGAAGAAACUUAAGGCAAGAAUACAGGAACUCGUAGAAACUUUGGAAACCCUUUCCAAAAACUCGGAAACGAGGCAUCAGCAGACAGCAGAAUACGUGGCGGACUUGAAGAAAGCAAAUGGCGCGCUUGUGGCUGCGUACGAGAAAGCUAAGAAAAAGCACGGAGCCAGGCUGAGAAAGCUAGAGCAACAGAUGAUUACUAUGGUGGAGAGACACGACGCGCAGGUACGAACAAUGAAAGAAAGGAUAUCGCUUCUUGAAGAGGAACUGAAGACCACGGCAGCUCGGCAGAACGAAACAGCGCUUUAGUUCCGUCGUAUGAAUGACGUAGUAUCGUCGCAAGAACCGUCACUUUAUUUGCAGAAUGAGAUAGCGCUAGGGUUGCCCGUCCUUAGUCCACGUUCUUAAAUUGUAAACGAGUAAGGCCAAAAAGUGGUAUAGGAACUAGCCCUCUUAGGAAGUUCAUGUGACAAUCAAGUGUUCAAUGAUCUCUAAAUAUGAGUAACCCUUAAGACCCGUCCGUGACGACAGCGUUAUAGUUGUGUGUCCCACGCAUUGUGGGACAGUUACUCUUUGGCUAGAAUUUCGAGUCCAUAUGCAAAUACUUUACAUAAUCCCUUUGUCUUCUAAAUAUAUUUUAUUAACAAUAUUUAAGACCUUCAUGGCUGAAGGAGUAAUUGCUUAUGUAAAUACCUACAAAUCAGGCUUGAGAAAGUUUUCAAGUAGUAACGCUUCCUGGGGUAAUUUCCUCAGCCUGAUGAGGUUAGCAAGGGUCUCAUACUGUUAAAAUUUUCUUGGCUUCCCUCUGUAGCUUUUUAUAUUACAGAACAGAAAAAUAAAGGUUACUCAAUGUACUUUUAUAUUUCGGUAAACAAUGCUGCUGAAUGAAAUUUUAAUGGGUACCUUGAGCAGUUAGGACGGCAAAGUCUAAGAUGUCGUUAAAAAAAAAAAAAGACCUUAUAUUUUCAGUUAGAAUUUUUCGAAUGUCUGGAUGUGUUUACCGUCUCUUGCGGUGCCACAACUCAACUUCGGUAUAAGCGCUGAGUUCCAAAUGGAAAUUUAAAUCAUUUGUCGUCGGAGUUUCUUUCAAGUUGUUUUUUUGCAGAGGUCGGCAAAGAAAUGUACAAAGUCUUCAAACGCACGUGCUGAGCUCUUGUUCUGCCCAUAAGAUCUUUUGUUUUUGGCACGCCCUCCUUACCUUUGCGGUUGUGAUUUGCUUUAGGUCCCUAAUAUUUUUCAAUUACACCGAUUUUGCUAGAAGAAAGCAAACAUCCUUUCUUUGGUUUGCGAAGUUCUCAAACAAUAAAGAACAUUUGUCAACAUGA